AUAGGCCGAGUUUCACAGAAAGGGGCUUCCAAGAGCACACCAGGCCUUCCGGGCCCAUCCCUGCCCCGCUUGGGUGUGCUGAUCUUCUGGGGCAUCUAGUUCUUCAUCUAGAACCAGUCGUCUGGUGCCUUUGGGACCUGACACCUUGUAGGUGGCCCGGGCCUUGGCGUCCAUCAGCACAUCCCCAGGGUCUGGAGAGGCGCAAGGCCACGCACCCUGCACAGGGCGGCGGCGGCGAUGCCGGACCCCGCGGCGCACCUGCCCUUCUUCUACGGCAGCAUCUCGCGCGCCGAGGCCGAGGAGCACCUGAAGCUGGCGGGCAUGGCCGACGGGCUCUUCCUGCUGCGGCAGUGCCUGCGCUCGCUGGGCGGCUAUGUGCUGUCGCUCGUGCACGAAGUGAGCUUCCACCACUUCCCCAUCGAGCGCCAGCUCAACGGCACCUACGCCAUCGCGGGCGGAAAGGCGCACUGCGGCCCGGCUGAGCUCUGCGAGUUCUACUCACGCGACCCCGACGGGCUGCCCUGCAACUUGCGCAAGCCGUGCAACCGGCCGUCGGGGCUCGAGCCGCAGCCCGGGGUCUUCGACAACCUUCGUGAUGCCAUGGUGCGCGACUACGUGCGCCAGACUUGGAAGCUGGAGGGCGAGGCCUUGGAGCAAGCCAUCAUCAGCCAGGCACCCCAGGUGGAGAAGCUCAUUGCCACGACAGCUCACGAACGGAUGCCCUGGUACCACAGCAGCCUGACGCGCGAGGAGGCCGAGCGCAAACUCUACUCGGGCUCCCAGACCGACGGCAAGUUCCUGCUGAGACCCCGGAAAGAGCCGGGCACGUACGCGCUGUCUCUGAUCUAUGGGAAAACUGUGUACCACUACCUCAUCAGCCAGGACAAGGCGGGCAAAUACUGCAUUCCCGAGGGGACCAAAUUUGACACACUGUGGCAGCUGGUGGAGUACCUGAAGCUGAAGGCUGAUGGACUCAUCUACUGCCUGAAGGAGGCCUGUCCCAACAGCAGUGCCAGCUCAGGGGCCGCUGCUCCUACACUCCCCGCCCACCCGUCCACAUUCACCCAGCCUCAGAGACGGAUUGACACUCUCAACUCAGAUGGAUACACCCCUGAACCAGCGCGGUUAGUGUCCUCAGAGAAGCCGCAAACGAUGCCCAUGGACACCAGUGUCUAUGAGAGCCCCUACAGUGACCCCGAGGAGCUCAAAAACAAGAAGCUCUUCCUGAAGCGUGAGAACCUCCUCAUGGCUGACAUCGAACUUGGCUGUGGCAACUUUGGUUCAGUUCGCCAGGGCGUCUACCGUAUGCGCAAGAAGCAGAUCGACGUGGCCAUCAAAGUGCUGAAACAGAGCACGGAGAAGGGGGACAAGGACGAGAUGAUGCGGGAGGCGCAGAUCAUGCACCAGCUGGACAACCCCUACAUCGUGCGGCUCAUCGGGGUCUGCCAGGCCGAGGCCCUCAUGCUGGUCAUGGAGAUGGCCGGCGGCGGGCCCCUGCACAAAUUCCUGGUCGGGAAGAAGGAGGAGAUCCCCGUCAGCAAUGUGGCAGAGCUGCUGCACCAGGUGUCUAUGGGGAUGAAGUACCUGGAAGAGAAAAACUUUGUGCAUCGUGACCUGGCGGCCCGCAAUGUCCUGCUGGUCAACCGGCACUACGCCAAGAUCAGCGACUUCGGGCUCUCCAAGGCCCUGGGUGCCGACGACAGCUACUACACCGCCCGCUCAGCCGGGAAGUGGCCGCUCAAGUGGUAUGCGCCCGAGUGCAUCAACUUCCGCAAGUUCUCCAGCCGCAGCGACGUCUGGAGCUAUGGGGUCACCAUGUGGGAGGCCUUCUCCUACGGGCAGAAGCCCUACAAGAAGAUGAAGGGCCCGGAGGUCAUGGCCUUCAUCGAGCAGGGCAAGCGGAUGGAGUGCCCACCAGAGUGUCCCCCGGAGAUGUACAAGCUCAUGAGCGAUUGCUGGACCUACAAGUGGGAGGACCGCCCGGACUUCGCCACCGUUGAACAGCGCAUGCGCAACUACUACUACAGCUUGGCGAGCAAGGCAGAGGAGCCCGCCGCUUGUGGAAAUGGGGUUCAGGCUGCGUGUCCCUGAGCGCCACCCCGCCCAGGGCCUGAGGCCCCCACGCCCCCAGCUUUUUCUCUUGUGCCCUCAGCUCUCUCCCAGGACCUCCAGGCUGGGCCCGGCUCAGCUUCUCUCUGGCCCACGCUGGUCUAGUAUUCCCAGCCCGGUCACCUGGCCCCUCUGGCUGGGGGAGGAAGCAAGACCUGGGGAAGAUGGUCCUGGACUGGAAUCUACGGGGGAUCCCUGAGCUGAGGGGUUGUUGCUUACAGCCGGGACCCUCCUUCCUCUGGGUCCAGAAAGGCAGACUCUGGGAGUCCUCAGGCUGUAAGACCUGGAAUCAUUGGAAUAAACUCCAGCUUCUCCCUUGUUUGGGAUCCCUCCUCUUUCUGGGGUGGGGCUGGGAGGACCAGGAAAGGGUCAAUGCAAGGGGUCCUUGAGAAUUGCCUGAAGCAGCUGUUUUUGUGUGGGUCUGGGGGGCUGGUUUUCCCACCCCUCUGCCCUGGGAACAUAUUCCUGUGAGUCGGGGGUCUGUGGGAGGUGAGCCUAGGGGCUGAGGGGCCAGGGGCACUGCUGACCUUCGUGGACGGCGUGAAAUAGGCGCUGCCCGUGUUCACUGCAUGUGAGCCGUCGCCUGCAGAAACUUAAACACCCUGCUGGCACCUCCCCCAGCCACGCUCCAACCCACGCUUUUAAAGUCUCUUCAGAUGAUUCCUGGAGAAGGAAAUGGCAACCCACUCCAGUAUUCUUGCCCAGAGAAUCCCAUGGACGGAGGAGCCUGGUGGGCUACAGUCCACGGGGUCGCAAAGAGUCGGACACAACUGAGUGACUUCACUUCAGGUGAUUCCAGCAUUCUGUCCCGCCUACUCAGCUGCCUCCCCUCUUCCCUCGGCCCAGGCAGUCGCAGCUGGGAAUCUUUAUCAACCUGAUGCCCCAUUUGUGGACUCAGUCCCAGCUCAAUCCUGCUCCAGAGAAGACCCGUCUCCAGGCCCUCGCUGCCUCAGCUUCCCCACGCAGAAAUUUGGGGUGCUGGAGCUCAGAAUCCACCCGGUGGGUGAAACCGAGCCAGGUCCCUGCCUGUCUUUUCUGGACUCACUCCCCCUCAUCCUCAGCUGCAGUUGGCCCCAGGCUCAGUUCCCUGGCCUCAAAGAGCCGAGGGCUCCAGGGCGGCCAUGAAUCCCCCUCAAUACCAGGGAGAGGCCAGGAGAUUUUCUGCGGCUUCGGGGAAGAUAGAUUUUCUUUCUUUUUGUUUGUGGAGCUCUAGAAAGUCAGAGGAUUUUUUUGUAGAACUAUAGGGUGCGGGUGGGGGGACUGGGGCUUCGGGAUUGUGUGGAGGCUGAGCCCGAGACCUGGGUGGGCGGGGGCGGGCAGGGGGCACCCAGGAGGCGGCCCCGAAACCUUGGUGAUGUGGGUGCAUUGUCGAAACCAGGAAAUUGAGGUUGGGAUUAUUAACUUAGGUAUAGACCUCACUCUGAUUUUUACCGCUUAUGGAGUUGUAAUGAUUACGUGUAAGCUUCAUGUUAGCAUAUUCUUUCAUGAACUUUGCAUUUUAUCUGCAAGGUAGUUGAGAGAACUCCCAGUUUUACAGUCAACCCCAGACACACAAACUCUCAGCUCUGUGUUUGUUUGGAGAGUAAAUCUGUCAUCGUUUGGAAUUGUUUGAGGGUUUCCAAGCCCUGCCAGACUGUAUCUUCCUGCAAAGAUUGACAACAGUCAAGGAGAGCACAGCAAUUGUAAAGAUAAAGACACAAACUUGAAUUACCUCCGUUUUGUCAUUUUGUGCACCCACUUGGAGAUUUUUGUUUUUAAAAUUUAAAGCCGUGAAGGCUUGCAAACCAUGCGAUAUAUUCUUUUAUUUGGUAAAUGUAUAUAUUAGUUCAUAAACUGUAUUACUGACUUUAACACCAUUAAAAUGCAAAAAUUGUUUUUUAACUUUUCAAAUGAAUGAACAAAUCAAGAAAAGUUCCAUCAAUAGUACUAUUUUGUGGCUUCCCAAGUUAUACUGUUUGCAGGUAUUUUAGUUUCAUUAUUUGUUUACUUGUUAUUCCUGGAUAAUUAUUUACAUUGUUACAUAAAGUAUUAUAUCACAAGGGAAAACAUUUUCGCUGUCUGCAUUUCUUUUAUGGUCAUUAUUAUUGUUUCAUGUUGUAAUUAUUGCUGAAAAUACUUUGUGGGGAGAAACAAGUGAUCACCCUGGGUGUCAAAUACACUGGAGAAUGCUGUUGUUCA